AUGGAACGAGCCUACAGACAAACCCUCGAACAAAUGGGCGGCAGCUCCGAAACAGUCGAAACAGCCAUCAAACUCAUCCGACAAGCCAAAGCCCGUACACGACCUGGAUCAGGACACGAACUGGGGGAGUACUCGACGGGUUUGGUGCCCAUUUGCGGGUUGCUAGCUUCAGAACAAUUGAACAACGACGAAAUAACCCCCUCCGCCGCCCAACCCGCUUCAUGCCUCAACAAAGCCUCCUUCAAAAAGGCGUACCAAAUCUUAAAAACCGUCCUACAAGACAACAAAACAAAAGGCAAACGCCUAACCUGCGAAAUGCUGUUACGCAAAUACAUCGUAGCUUUACUCGCCGCGCAACUGGGGGAGAUGUGCCAACUAGCGCAAGGAGAGGUUAUGCAGCUCGGGAUGAAGGCGAGUCAGAUUACGAAUGAGGUGAUGUGUGGGAUAUUUUUGUGGGUGUGUGCGGCUGCCAAGGUCCCGGAUUUGCCUACAGUCGACGACCUAGCAGCCGAGUACGGUACCAAACCAGCCACAGUCCAAACAUUCAUAACAAGCUUGAACAAGAAGCUCCCCGAACUCAAACGCAAAAUAGCUCAAGAAACCAAACCAAAGGCUUCAUCCGCCUCGCCUACAAAAGCCACACCUCGCAGAACGCCAGGUCGUCCUAAACGAGAGCUCCUGACUAGGGAAUCAGUGAGGAAACAGGCGGAGGCUGCACAGGCUCCUGCACCAGACGACGAUGACGACGACGAACGCUCGUUCCCAGAAACGCCGACAAAGAAACGGAGGUUAGACUCUACGCCCAACCUCGAGAGAUCAGCUAGGACGCUCUUCGAUUCGACGAUACGCGCUUCAUCUUCCAAGACUACAUUGGACACCCCGACACGCCCUAGCUCACCAUUGAAGAAGUCUACGACAUUCCAGUUGCAGGCAGAGGAGGAAGUGGACGCCGCUGAGGUUCAGACCGGUCUAUCUAGAGCAGAAACAGUGGUCUGCUCGGGAUCCUCGGCUUAA